AUGUCGAGCGAACAUGGACACAGGCAAUUGGGUGGAUACAAAGCUACCCUCCACAAUCCCAAUACAUCACUCGAAGCCAAAGCCCACGCUGCUCAAGUACUCACGGAAGCAGGCGUAGACCUCUCGAACGAUCCUACAGUGUCGACAUUCAAAGCUUCCGCUUCUACUAUCGAUGGAUAUCAUACUCAUACCACCCACGAUGGACAUGCUCAUCCUCAUGAUGGACAUUCACACAAUCAUGCGGAUGGGGGAGAGGAGAUGAAGCAUGAACAUCAUGUUUUAGGUGGAUAUAAAGCGACACUGUCCAAUCCAAAUACUUCUGAACAAGCUAAGGAACAUGCCGAAAAAGUUCUCAAGGAAGGUACAGAGCAUGAACAUCAUGUCUUGGGUGGUUAUAAAGCAACUCUACACAACCCUAACACAUCUGAAGGUGCUAAAGAGCAUGCUAAGGAGGUUCUUCGAGAGCAUGGUGCUCCAGUGGCUUAA